AUGUCAGCGACCGAGAGCACCCCACAGCACAUGACGCUCUACGACAUUGCGCAGAAGCCGCCGGUCGAGGAGUCGUGCUGCGCGCCCAACCCGUGGAAGGCCCGGUUCGCGCUCAAUUUCAAGCAGCUGCCGUACGUGACGACCUGGGUCGGCAUGCUCGACAUUUCCCGGGUGCGACGCUCGCUAGGCGCGCCCGCGUGCCGCAAGUUUGCCAACGGUGGUGACUUUUACACGCUGCCCGUUGUGCAGGACCCCGCGACCGACGCCACCGUCGGUGACUCGUACGACAUUGCCGUCUAUUUGGAGACGCAGUACCCUGGGGCCGGCGGCGGCAACCUGUUCCCGGAGCAGGCCCUCGAAUUUGCGUUUGAGCCGACGGUCGACUUUCCCACGCUGCUGACGCUGCCCCGCGACGGGCGCUACCCGCAGUACGGGCGGUUCAACCUGAGCGUUGACACGCUGUUUACUACGUUUACGAGCCUCAUUGCCGGCGGCAUGCCGCUGGACCCGGCCACGGCCGACGAGGUCAAGGCCGAGUUUGCGCGCCGCGCCGGUGUGGGCCCCGGGCAGCAGUUUACGCUCGAGGGCGCGGCGAGGCAGGCGACGCUCGAUGGUUUCGACAAGGCGCUGGGCGACUUGGCCAAGCUGUACGCUGAGCAUGCGGAUGGGCCCUUUGUCCUGGGGGGGCAGGUCAGCUAUGCGGACUUUAUCGUCGGUGCGUGGCUGCGCCUGUUUUUCGUGGCAAUGCCCAGAGAGGAGUGGGAGCAGCUCAGGACGUGGCACAAUGGCACUUUUGGGCGUCUACACGAUGCAUUGGAUGCCUUUGCCCAAAUACAAUGA